UUGAUGGGCGAGGGUGGCUUCGUGGGGAUUUGAAGCGUAUUUCGUCUUGUGGCUUGAGGAAGAAGAGGGAGAUGGGGAAAGUGGUAGGUCACAGAUUUCGCAGGUUGGGGAUGUGGUGGUGGUGGUCGGUAUGGAUGGUGGGGCUGAGGCAGUGCGGUAGGGCUCCGACUUCUCAGUUUCUACCGCGGAGGGAAGGACGAUGGAUAGGUACCUGUCGCCUAUCGAGGACGUGUUUGGUGUGCUGGACGUGGAGCUGGAUAUGGCGUUUCCAAAUGUUUCGCUGGAGGGGAUGAAAGGGACUCGUUUCCUUUUGAUGCCGGCUCCGAAGACUCGUUGGUCUUCGAGAGGGAGAAAGUAUUCAUCAUCAUCGUAUGCCAUUAUUGUUUAGCCAUUUGUGGCUUAUAUGUGCUCCCUUUUGCCAGUGUGUCGCGUAGUUGUUGAAGGGUUCUUUUUCAGGAGUGCUCUAUAUCUCCAGUCGGAUCAAUGACAUGCAGCUAGCUGCUGACGUAAUAUACCCCCCUAAUCCAAAUCGCGUAACUAUGAUCUCAAGCUAAUGAAGUAUUAAUUAAUUAAUCGCUCCCUGGGCGGGCUGCUCUUAUAGCUGGGAGCCUGUGAUCGUAGUUGCAUGACUACUAUUCCACAAUGCCGGUCCCUUUCCUGGCACAUUGGGCGGCCGAGGGCGUCUCAAGCAUCCCAUAUGCUGUAACAGCAAUAAAGGCGACCGUUGUGCUCGCCGUCAUUGUCUUGUUGAAACGCUAUUUUGGGGGCACAAGGAAUACUGCGGAGCGUCUAAUGCACUCUAAAGUAGUCAUGAUAACGGGCGGCACAUCGGGAAUUGGAGCUUCGAUCGCACAUAGCCUAGCUUCCCAAGGCGCCCAACUCAUUCUCCUUACACAACACGCGCCCUCCGAUCCUUUCCUGGUCGACUACAUUGAAGACCUCAGGAAUGCUACCGCCAAUCAGCUCAUCUAUGCUGAGCAAGUUGAUCUCUCCUCCUUAUAUUCCAUACGAACGUUCGCUACGAAAUGGAUCGACAAUGCUCCACCCCGGCGACUAGAUAUGGUUAUCCUCUGUGCCAAUACCAUAAAACCCUCUCGCUCGAACCCCCGUACAACUAUAGACUGUCUAGAUGAGGAGUGGCAAGUAAACUACCUUGCCAAUUACCACCUACUCAGCAUCCUGAGUCCUGCGCUGCGCGCCCAACCCGCAGAUCGAGAUGUCAGGGUGAUAUUCGGAACUUGCUCGAGCUACAUUGGUGCGAAAUUGGACUUUCGAACCCUCGAAGAUAGGAGUAUGCGUACGGCGCAUGCAAAACCUACUUCUAAUAAACCAGCAGCGCGCAAUUUGAAACCCGCGCAUAAGCCCGCCCAAACAUUGCAUAAUAAGACCGCUAGGAAUACUACAGCAGAUCAAAGUAGCAUGUAUGCAACCUCCAAAUUGGCGUUAAUGAUUUUUGCCAAAUCCUUCCAAUCCCAUCUUUCCGCCUAUGAACGACCGGAUAAGCAACCCUGCAAUACCCGCGUUCUCAUCGUGGAUCCGGGUUUCUCACGUACACCUGGUACACGGCGAUGGAUAACGGGCGGUUCAUUAUUAGGCCUCCUCAUCUACCUAAUAACAUGGCCCAUUUGGUGGCUUAUUCUAAAAUCUCCACAGCAAGGAGCACAGAGUUUCUUGACCGCUGCAAUGGACAUUGUGUUUGGAGCUCCCGCAGCAAAUAUUGGUGGACCCGGGGUUGGUUCCGGCGUUAAUGGCGGGAAACUAAUAAAGGAAUGCAAGGAGUGGGAUAUCCUGCGCAAAGAAGUUAUGGAUGAGAAGAUCGGGAAAGAAUUGUGGGAGUUUAGUUCUCGCCAGAUCGAGCAGCGGGAGACAGAGAGUGCUAUUCUCCGUGCGCUUGAGAAGAAGGAACGGGAGGUAUGGGAGGCGGAACGACAAAACACCAAUACGAUUUCGGGAGUGGAUGCUGAAGGCGAAACGGGUUCAGACGUGGGAAAAGGAAAUAAACAGCAGACGCCCGGGUCGAGAAGGAGUAGGAAGGCAAAGUAGGGGCACGGAAGAGCCGGUUUAGACGAGAUAUUUUGGGAUCAUUCAAUGGCUAAGGAGUUCUUGGAGGUAACGGCGUCCAAGCAUAGAUAUUAUACCGGCCUGUCUUUUUCAGAGGAAUUUGUACUGUGCUGUUAUGUCAGUUACAAUGCUUUUCCAUAUACCUAGACAUAUAUACAUCUCGCUUUUGCUUGACUAUCUUUUUCCUCCCACCCAUUGAUGGAAUUAAAACUUGUUGUAUGAUCUAUAUAGUACGUCGAAACUUGCCCGGAGAAUUACCCAGUCCCCCUAACCGGGGUUAUAUGACAGCUACUGCUAAAAGACGUUUGGCAUUCAAAAUGUAUGUACAAGACCACUAACAUGGGUUUGGCUUGGGG